AUGAUUCUCGGUCGCUCGCUCCUCUCCCUCGUUCAAUCGACUCGCUCUCCCAGACAGCUCGCGUCAGCUUCCUCGCUACCCCGCAUCUCCUGUUACGGCACAAGAACCAUGUCGGCUACAGCUGCGCGGCCCGACCCUUUCAAGCCAGCCAAGAGAGUGGCUGGCCAGCGCCAGGAUGUUUGGUCAAUUGUCAACGAAGCGGCCGCCGCUUCGCCGGUUCAGCCGAUCGUGAACAUGGGCCAAGGGUUCUUUGGCUACAACCCCCCUAAGUUUGCAAUUGAUGCUGCAAAGGACGCCCUGGACCGGGUAGAGUGUAACCAAUACUCUCCGACAAAGGGUCGUCCCCGCCUCAAGCAGGCCAUUGCGGAUGCAUACUCGCCUUUUUUCGGCAAGAAGAUCAACCCAGAGACUGAGGUCUCGAUCACCACUGGAGCCAACGAGGGCAUGCUCAGCGCUUUCAUGGGUUUCAUUGAGCCCGGCGAUGAAGUCAUCAUCUUCGAGCCUUUCUUUGACCAGUACAUCAGCAACAUUGAAAUGCCCGGUGGUACGAUCCGAUAUGUUCCCCUUCACCCACCCAAGGACGGUGCAACUCGGACAUCUCCCGCGUCGGAAUGGAAGAUCGACUUCCAGGAGUUGGAAAACACCAUCAACUCCAAGACUAAAAUGAUUGUUUUGAAUUCUCCUCACAACCCUGUCGGCAAGGUCUUCUCUAGCGAAGAGCUUCAACGCAUUGGCGAUCUCUGCGUGAAGCACAACCUCAUCAUCCUCUCCGACGAAGUUUACGACCGUCUCUUCUACGUUCCGUUCACCCGUAUUGGCACGCUGUCCCCGGAGCUUUACGAGCGUACCCUCACCGUAGGCUCUGCGGGCAAGGCCUUCUACGCGACUGGAUGGCGUGUUGGUUACCUGAUCGGACCCGAACAUUUGAUCAAGUAUGUUGCUGGCGCACACACCCGUAUUUGCUACAGUAGUGUAUCCCCUCUUCAAGAGGCCGCGGCUGUUGCGUUCGAGCAAGCAGACAAGCAGGGAUUCUGGGACGAGAGUAGAAACGAGAUGCAGCAGAAGAUGAAGCGCUUCUGCGAAGUCUUCGAUGAACUGGGUAUCCCCUACUCUGAUCCUGAGGGUGGUUAUUUCGUCCUGGCAAACAUGGCCUCGGUCAAGCUGCCCGCUGACUACCCAUUCCCGCCGCACGUUGCUAGCCGUCCUCGCGACUUCAAGCUCUGUUGGUUCCUUAUUCACGAGGUUGGCGUGGCUGCAAUUCCUCCAACAGAGUUCUACACCGAUGCCAAUGCCCAUAUUGCCGAGGAUUAUCUUCGUUUCGCCGUCUGCAAGAACGACGACGUCCUCGAGACUGCCAAGGAGAGACUUCGGGGCCUCAAGAAGUACAUCACACAAUAG